AUGGACACGGUACUUCCAGAUGCCUCUGGUCCCUCUCGAGCAGAUACGGAGACCACAGGCCGAGAUAUAACUAUCCCUGCUUUUAGGCCCCGACCAAGGCCCGUUGUGAAGGUGGAAGAGGCUCCCAAAUUCGAUCUCGAUACAUACAUUUCAAAUUACAUUGGACGCACCCGUUACGACCGUCUCUACCUCAUCGGCACAUGCUCCCCAUUACUUGCAACCGACGCCCUCAAGGCAGCUAUAGCUGAAGCUAAAUCUGGCAAAGAUGUUGCCAGGUACGAGAAGGCAGUUCGCGCGUUGGCGGAGGCCGCUCCGAGUGAUCCUGAAGCUUCUCUUGACUCCGCGUGGGUCCAGUCAACUCAGCGAUACGUACUGAGUCAGACUGAGCGACUAGAAGAUGAGCUUCGAGGAUAUAAGAAUAACUUGAUCAAAGAAAGUAUUCGUAUGGCCCACGAGGACAUAGGCAAUCUUCAUUAUGCAACUGGAGAUCUGACUGCUGCGUCCAAAGCGUAUGCUCGCAUGCGAGACUACUGCACCACGCCGAGCCACAUUACUUCCAUGCUCUUCAAGAGUAUCAACGUCGGUAUUGAACGCGGCGACUGGAUGUCUGUCCAGUCAAAUGUGCAACGGCUGCGCAAUGCUCAGUCAAAGCCGGAGGAUGCAGCCAAGAACCUAGCCAAAAUCACCGCCGCUCUCGCUUUGACUCAUAUGCAUCAAGGGUCGUUCCGCGAGGCAGCGAACGCCUUCCUGUCCAUCCCGCCGGAUCUAGGCGCCACUUACAAUGAAAUAAUCACCUCCAACGAUGUCGCCGUCUAUGGUGGUCUAUGCGCUCUGGCCUCCAUGAAUCGCGAGGAGCUGCAAAAGAACGUGCUCGAUAACCAUACUUUCCGCACUUUCCUCGAGCUCGAGCCCCAUAUCCGACGAGCCAUCGCCUUCUUCUGCAACUUCAAGUUCCGUCAUUGCCUCGACAUCCUGGAUGCCUACCGCCCUGACUACCUACUCGACAUUCAUCUUCAGCGUCACCUUCCGAUUUUGUACAAACGUAUCCGCAUGAAAUCCAUCCAGCAAUACAUGAUUCCUUUCAGCCGUGUAACUCUUGACUCCAUGGCCAAGAUCUUCGCCCCUGAAGUCAUUGGCGGUGAAGCGCGGCCCACGGACAUUUCUUCGCCUUUCAUCCAAGAGCUUAUCGGACUCAUCAAAGAGGGUGUGCUGGACGCUCGUGUCGACCUUGAGAAAGGACUGCUGGUGUCAAACCAAAUCGACGUGCGGGCGGAGCUGCAGCGCACCACGCUGGAGAGCUUGCGCGAGUUCAACGAUGAGGCCCACUGGCGUAUUAUCCAUACAGCUGCUCUUCACGCUGGAUUAGAGGUCAAGGAUGAAAAUCGAGAGCCGGCGAAGGGACGGCCUUUUCGGGGCUUAAAACAGGGCUAG